AUGUACCCUCCCAGUCCAAGCCUGACUGCUCAGCUUACUCGAGACGAAUGGGAUGGCCUGGACUAUCUACCAUUUAUUCUUACCAAAAAAGGUCUUUUCGGUUUCUUCAUCAUCAACUGCGGAAUCAUGGGUGGUUUGGUCACAUUCCAGCAGAAGCCCGCCUUCAUCGUCAGCACGCCGUCCUACUACGCCUUGAUUGCGUCUCUCAUCCUCCUCGGAACCGCUACGGUUGCGCACCUCGAGGCGAUUCUUCUGAACCUCUCCAGGAUGACACCCUUCAUUCUCUGUGCCCGCGAGCAAGGCGCAACUGCCGCAGAAACGAUACUCAGAAGCUACUUUCCGGCCCCGGGAUUACGGGAUGCUUGGGAGACGAAAAGCUGGCUGCUUGUUUUCGCCUAUAUUAUCUACUAUCCAAGCUAUGCGGUGAUUGGUCUCAAGUCUGCUCUUUUGUACGAGAGUGCAAGUUCGACUGAUCCAUAUCUUCACGUCAACGACUGGGCAUGUUACACGCUUUUGGUGUUCUACAGCAUCGUGCAACUGUAUCUCCUCGCCAUUGCAGCAUACCUCUGGAAACGCCCGACUGGUCUGCGGUGGGAUCCAGUUUCAAUAGCAGACAUUCUGGUCCUUUUCCGGCACUGCAACUUUUUGAACAACUUCGAGGGCUCCUCGAUUGCGGAUAGGCAGUCUAUGAUUCAACAGCUGGGGGACAUUCGUCUGCAUCUCCGCUACUGGAAGAGAGAAAAUGGCGACUUCUGGCAUGGCUUCGGCACCGUUGCAUCUGAUACUCGGAAAAUUUCAAUGAUAUCUAUGAAAGAGCUUGCCUUGAUACGCUACAACUCCGCCUGGUCUGUGGCAAACCCCGUCUCGGUCUAUGUCCACUUCACUCUCGCUUUUCUUCUCAUGAUUUUAUUCAUCCUUGGCGUCUCCAUUACUCCGGAGCUCACCCCAAAUCGAAGUUACUGUUGGAAACCGUCGGGGUUAUCCCGCAGCCAUGCCAACCUCAUCCUCGACGUAGUUCUAACCAGCGUGGUGGGCGUUCUGUCGGACUUUUGGGCUUCGCUGUCCAUCUUCGUGGCACACACGGAGCCUUUGGCUCAAAUGGCAAGUCCUAAGGGCGGCCCAGCAAAACAUACGCUGCUUCUCAACUACACAUCCUCGUUUCUGCCGGUCAAGAUCUACGACGCCUUCAGAAACAGGCACUGGAAGCUUGUACGCGUCGUUCUCUGGGAACUUAUCCAGCGCUCCUUUCCCACCCUGGUUGGAACCAGUAUUGUUGUGUACUCCGGAUACUCCGGAGAGUCUAGCAGUAGUUGUGUUAUCUGCUUCUCGAUGCCGCUCUUCAUCGUCGUCAUCGUCGGGCUCGCCGCGUGCGCAGGGUCGAUCGUGUAUGAGCUGCUGCUCGCGUCCGUAUUCCGACGAACCCCACGAGACUAUCUUUCGAUCGCGGACAUUGUGUCAUGGUCAUCGACGAGCAGCCUCUUGCAUCCAGCUGCAACCGAUAACGCACCACUAGAGUCGCCACUCGCCGAUCCAUUGCACGUGGAGGUGGAGGGAGAAAAGAGCAAGCGGUGGUAUAUGCAACACCGCCUAGAGUUGCAGCUGAGUCGCUUUCGCCUUGGAUACGCAAAAGUACCCAACCGGGAGUACUAUGCUUUCGGUAUCACAGACAAAGAGCCCGAACGGCUGCCUGCGGUGCGACCUACUCACCUGGCUCGCAGGUUGGAAGUGGUGGAAUCAACACUUGGGGAGGAGGAGUGUCUUGCUAAAGAGCUUGAGAUUGUGGUUGGCAAUGGAUCAAUCUCGUAUGAUAAGUUGGUAUCAGCAUCCGAGAACACGAUGGUGACGCAUGAUGAUGGAAACAUCGUCAAUCUCCAGCACCAAAAUGAACAGGAACAACCUGAAGAAGGAAAUUAG